UAUGCUGUCAGCGUUCAUUCCCUCGCAACCAAAUCUCUAGGUACAACACUUCGCCGGGUCUCGCAAAUAUCACCACAGUUUGAUAACUUUUCUCUACUCGCAAUCGGCUUCGUGUAGUGAGGUUAAGGAGCUGCACUCUCAACAAAUAUUGCGUAAAAAUGCUCCAUUGGGAAAUUUAUGUGUCCAACCGACAUUUGUGAAUUUCUUUUGAUAAAAAUGUUGCCCAUUCUAAAGGACAAUUUGCUUCCCGCAUUGGGUAAAUACUGCCCAAAAUUGGUUGGACAAAUUUAAUUACCCCCGUAUCGGUUAGAAUUUUACCCAAUAUAUUUUACAGUGUGGUUUAACUUCUUAGUCCUAUAGGCCUCUGGGUUUGUGUUUGACUCUCGGAAAUGUUCAUAAAGAUAGCCAUCGUGAUACUUAUCCUACUCAACCACCAAUUCAAGGACGUUUAUGGUGCCGGAAUAUGCGCUGAUAUUCCUCAAGAUGUCUGUCCUUAUGGAGUUUCUGAGUAUACCGGUGAAUGGGUGAAAUUUGUUCCCAAGUACCUAACACGUGAUCACCCCGAGUACGACGUCAGAACACCACCGGAAGCACGUGACAAGGUUAACUUGUACUGCGCCCAUCCAGCUUGUUACUCCAAUCCGUGUCUUCAUGGAGGAAGCUGCAUGGAAGAACUUGACGGGUUCAGUUGCUCCUGUCCUGGGAUCUAUUUCGGAAUUCAUUGUGAACAACAUGCAUGUGACUCCAAUCCUUGUCUUCAUGGAGGGACAUGUGUGGAGGAGCUUGAUGGCUAUAAUUGUUCCUGUCAUGGAGGCUAUGUGGGAAUUCACUGUGAGAAGCUUGUAUGUCCAGACGGAUGGGUGUAUGGAGGAACGAAGUGUUUUCUGGAAGUGGCUGGCCGACGAUCCAACUGGACUAAUGCGCGUGACUAUUGUAACGGUCUGGACGAGGUUGUACUCGGAAACGGAAACAGAGUUGGACCAUCUCUACUCCUCAUUGAGAGCCAGGAAGAGUAUGAUCUUCUCAAACUCCACAUAUCCGACCCUUAUUACUACUGGUUGAACUGCCAGGUUGUUGACAUGAAUAUUACUUGCUUCACAGACAGAGCGGGAAAUACAAGUGACUACCGAAAUUGGCCUCAUUCUUCUUACUACCAAAUCCCAUACGAGAGUAUUGACUGCGUGGAUGUCUACAUGAGUAGUGGCGAUUGGGACACAUAUCGCUGUUCGAAUCAGGACGAUUUAACCGCUUGUCAAGUGAAUGUGAUUGCCUCAAGAAAUACACCGACAUAAAAUACACUACAUACCAAUCUUUAGUAGAAAAGAAUGAAAAAAAUAUUCAAGAGUUUCUUUGGCACAAGUUUUUGCUAAUUUCUGAGAUAACAUCAUGUGCAAAUCUCAAGCCUCCGUGAACCGUAACCUCCACACGUUGUAUUUACCCAUAUAGAAUAGAAUAGAAAGAAUAUAAUUUAUUGACUCUUACGACCCCCUUCUGGGGUAUGAGAGUACAAUACAUUUACAUGACAUGAUAAUGAUACAAAAGAAAAAAAUGUAUACAAACAUAUGAUAAUAAUAAUAACACUAAAAAAACAACACUAAAAUACAAAUGUAUAACAGUAUGAAGAUGUUCUAAACCUAGGCUAUGCUAAACAUGAAUUUACAGUAUCAUACAGUGCGGCAAGCAUGCUUCAAAAGUGGUGAAAACCACAU